CACGAGUUAGUCCCCGCUUUUCUCCUCAGCCAACCUGUCAAGUCUGUUGUAGAUUGAUUCUUCCUCAAGAGUUUGAGCGUUUUUCAGAGGACUGAUCCUCGUUUUUUUUUGUGUUGACUAAACUCAUUUUAUAGUCGAAUAUUGACCAUAACGAUUCUGACGACAAAUUACCGAGUUGCUGCCACGCUGAAUCGGCAAGACUCUCUUGGCACUCGUUGUAUCAUGGCCAAGCAAAUAUAUUGCCAGGCCGGUUCAAGGCUUAAUCAUCAACGUAGACAUUCACCAGCUGCCAUAGCUUGUCCUUCAUCAUCCGUCUUGUCGAUCCUUGCAACUAUCGCUGCUAGCUCGCAAACAGUGGACGGAAGCCCACUCCCAGCACCGACCCCACCUCCAUCUUUCUUAUGUCCGUCUCUAGAUCUCUUCAAUACUUGCGUCCGUAACACAACCCCCACGACAUCCUAUAGCAGCACAACCUCUUCCACAUCGCCCACGCCUAUAGCUAAAUUCACACAACCAGUGGCAGACAAAUACGUUCUACAGUCUGACGGCCGCUGGCACAAGGCAACUGCCUGGACCUUGUAUGGUUCAACAUACCAUGCUUCGUCUCCGGACCUUACAGUUGAUGUUUCGCGAUCUACGUCGGUUCUUAAUCCAACCGCUUCCGCCGAAAUGGACUCCGUCCUUCCUGCAGGUUGGUCCACGACGUCCCAAAGCAAUCGCACCGCCUCUAUCAUCAUCCUCUCGCUAGCCAUAAUCUUGGCGGUCUCAAUUUGCAUGUUCAUCAUAAGCUGCAUCGUUUGGAGAAAGAGACGGAAGAAAAUAUUGGACAAAGACAAGACAAAGAAUGACUUGGAACUGAAGGCCAGACACAAGGUGAACCCGGAAGACCUAUCAGAGGAUGGCGAAAGGGAGAUCGAGGCUCGCGGAAAAAAUCGCUUGUGGGCGAGGGCAAGCGAACGGUGGAAAGCUAACAUACGAAAUUCUGCUCGUCGACGGAGGCGACGUCAUGGCAUGUCUACCAGAAGUCGACCACAAUCUCCCACGCUAUUGGAUCCUCGCGAGCCAUCUGUCCACCCCUCCCCAGUCUCAUCACGGCGGCAUUCAAUAGUAUCUGUCUCUGAAGAUACGGACUACUACGCUGCUCCCAUUGAGAAUCGUCUCGACCCCACACAGCCACCUUUUAUAUCAGCCGACCCAUCUAGCCCAUGCACUGUUUCGUCUCCCCCAGCUUACAUGUUUCCUGCCCUGCCUGUGCGUCCUGAAAUUGAAGGUUGUCCUCACGAAGCAUCGCACGUAUCUUCGGAUGACCCCACAUUACGCCGAGGGUCACUGCUCUUUGGUCAUGACUGUUCAUCCACGGACCAUGACGAUAUCCCUUACCAUCCCAGCGGUGCCGGGCAUGUCGCCAUUGAUGAUAAGGCUCAUCUCGCCCGUAUGGCCGAGUUGGCUAGCGCGCCUCCCGUAAUUCAAGAUAACACUAGCGGGAGUCCUUCGCAUAUCCAUGAGUCUGCCCCAGAAUGGCAUGAUGAUUUUGAUGACCAGCCCUCUCAACUAGUCAUUGUCUCAUCCUCUCUAUCCGAGGUCGGGAACUUGGGUUUCCCAAAUCCGCCUUCGAAAAACGUUUUGUCACCAGGGUACUUUGAUGGGCACAGCUAUGUGCAAGAUAUCACCGCGCUAGACCCCAUCUCAUUGCCUUCUAUGCCCCCAUAUGAGGCUCGGCCGAACGCUAUUCCCUUUGAGGACACCCUGACAGCUUCGGCUCCUCCCAUAUUGGAGCAUGACGAAACGUUUGGCCUUUGGGAAGGCAGUGCUCCAGAAGUAUCAGAAAUAUACGGUGAUGAUUGCGAUACCCACGUUGCACCAUCUCCCUCUCAGCCCUCGUCAUCCGCAUUUAGUUCUCAAGCUUCCGCUCCACCUGAAGAACUUGUUACCAUGCAUGGCAUACUUCCGAUAUACCAACGCUAGUUAUGGGUUUUUGGUCCACGUUUUUGCGGAUACUUGGAAUAUUCGUCUACUGUAUUGUACUAUAUACCUAAUCGACACCCUGGACAUCUGCCAAUUGCGCAUUACAAUGUUGUUGUAAAGUGCUACAAGUGUUGCAUUAUAAUCUAUACUUAUCGAACGAAA